UAUCUGAAAUACAGCUUAGCUCAUUUAUUUUAUAGUUGCUCCUAGACAAUUCCUCCUUUGAAAGGGGUGAGACCAGGGAGAGAAAGGUAAAUUCAAAUCUUAACUGCAGCAGACAAGUUUCUAGGUAUGUGGGAUGGUAUCUAUUUGCUUUCCCAGAUCACCCAACCAGUACAAAGUCAAGGACCCAAGAUAAGAACCAGCCACUAUCAGUCUUGGACAGCAUUUGUCCCGUUGCUUUUUGCCUUGAGGUCCUUACACUGCGAUGGCAUGGCGACUGCUCAGUUCGGUGUCAUUCACGGUCUGUUGUUUCUGCGGCAGGAUCUGGCUUCGAACUCGCGGCAAUCCUCCUGCCUCAUUCUCCCGCGUGUUCCCUUAGGCCUGUUUAUGAACCCCGGGGGUCAGCCUGGACGCCCAGGACCCGGGCGGUCCACUGAGGACCGCGACGGGGAGGGGGAGGGAGGUGACGGCAGGUGAGUAGGGCAUGGAGGAGGAAGUGAGCCGUGCACCGUGCGGGAAUUACUCAUGUCGCUUUCCUGAGCGGAACUUCUCGCCUCCCUGUGGGUCCGGCUCAAGUUCAACCUAACUGAAGUCACUUCCCGUCCGGGCUCACUGGGGAAACCCGCGCAUCCGUGCGAGGGGAGGGAGCGAGCGCAGAGCGGGCCAGGUACCCGAGGCGCCCUCCGCGGCGUCGAGGCCCGUCUUGGUCCAGGCGCGCAGGCGCGGGCCGCUGCAAAGACAGCUGAGGCGCGCGGGCUCCACGGAGGGUGCACCCCUCUGCGUGCGGGGCCGACGACGCCAACUCCACCUGGCCUUGCCGGCCCUACCGGCCCGCCUGCCGCCUCGCGACCCGGUCCCCGGCGCCCCAGCGCCCUCCUCUGUUCCCCCGCCACACCUGAGCAAAACUUUUCCCUCGCCUCCCCAAUUCAAACUCCGCAGCGUCCGGAGCUGCCGCAAACCGCCCCGUCCCUAGCAACAAGGUUCCGGCCGUAGAGCGAGAGCCGCUAGGUGUAAGGAAGGUGAUGUCGUAAAGCCGCGAGUGUCGUAAACCAGUUACAAAUUAUAACACUGUGGUAGAAGCAAACUCAGAUUCAGACGAUGAAGAUAAACUCCAUAUUGUGGAAGAAGAAAGCGUCACAGAUGCAGCCGAUUGUGAAGGAGGUGUGCCAGAAGAUGACCUGCCAGCAGACCAGACAGAAUUACCAGGAAGCAGUGAAAGAGAAGGUGGUGCCAAGAACUGCUGGCAAGAUGAUGGAAAGGAAGGGCGAAGAGUCCUGGGGCCUGAAGCUCAGGGAGGUGAUGCAGGGUGCACAGUAAAAGAUGAUGAAUGCGACUCAGAUGUGGAAAAUGAGCAAAACCAUGAUCCUAAUGUGGAAGAGUUCCUGCAGCAACAAGACACUGCUGUCAUCUACCCUGAGGCACCUGAGGAUGACCAGCGGCAGGGCACACCAGAAGCCAGUGGCCAUGACGAAAACGGAACGCCAGAUGCAUUUUCCCAAUUGCUCACCUGCCCAUAUUGUGACAGAGGCUACAAGCGCUUUACCUCUCUAAAGGAACACAUUAAGUAUCGCCAUGAAAAGAAUGAAGAUAACUUCAGUUGCUCCCUGUGCAGUUACACUUUUGCAUACAGAACCCAACUUGAACGUCACAUGACAUCACAUAAGUCGGGAAGAGAUCAAAGACAUGUGACACAGUCUGGGGGUAAUCGUAAAUUCAAGUGCACUGAAUGUGGAAAAGCUUUCAAAUACAAACAUCACCUAAAAGAGCACUUAAGAAUUCACAGUGGAGAGAAGCCAUAUGAAUGCCCAAACUGCAAGAAGCGUUUUUCCCAUUCUGGUUCCUAUAGCUCACACAUAAGCAGUAAGAAGUGCAUCAGCUUGAUGCCUGUGAAUGGGCGGCCAAGAACGGGACUUAAGACAUCGCAGUGCUCCUCACCAUCUCUUUCAGCAUCACCAGGCAGUCCCACUCGCCCACAGAUACGGCAGAAGAUAGAGAAUAAACCCCUUCAAGAACAGCUUUCUGUAAACCAAAUCAAAACUGAACCUGUGGAUUAUGAGUUCAAACCCAUAGUGGUUGCUUCAGGAAUCAACUGUUCAACCCCUUUGCAGAAUGGGGUUUUUAGUGGUGGUGGCCCAUUGCAGGCAACCAGUUCUCCUCAGGGUGUGGUGCAAGCUGUUGUUCUGCCAACAGUUGGUUUGGUAUCUCCCAUAAGUAUUAAUCUAAGUGAUAUUCAGAAUGUACUUAAAGUGGCAGUAGAUGGAAAUGUAAUAAGGCAAGUUUUGGAGAAUAAUCAAGCCAGUCUUGCAUCCAAAGAACAAGAAGCAAUCAGUGCUUCACCCAUCCAACAAGGUGGCCAUUCUGUUAUUUCAGCCAUCAGUCUUCCUUUAGUUGACCAAGAUGGAACAACCAAAAUUAUCAUCAACUACAGUCUUGAGCAGCCUAGCCAACUUCAGGUUGUUCCUCAGAAUUUAAAGAAAGAAAACCCAGUCCCUACAAACAGCUGCAAAAGUGAAAAGUCGCCAGAAGAUCUUACUGUUAAGUCAGAAAAGGACAAAAGCUUUGAUGGGGGCGUAAACGAUAGCACUUGCCUUCUCUGUGACGAUUGUCCAGGAGACCUCAAUGCACUUCCAGAACUAAAGCACUAUGACCGAGAGCAGCCGGCUCAGCCUCCACCCCCCGCCCCAGAAGCUGAGAAGCCUGAGGCCUCUGCUUCAUCAGCUCCUCCUGCAGAUGGUGAUUUGUCUCCCAAUCAGCCACCUUUAAAGAACCUCCUGUCUCUCCUAAAAGCCUACUAUGCUCUGAAUGCACAGCCAAGUGCAGAAGAGCUCUCCAAGAUUGCUGAUUCUGUGAACCUACCACUGGAUGUAGUUAAAAAGUGGUUUGAAAAGAUGCAGGCUGGACAGAUUCCAGUGCAGUCUUCUGAACCACCUUCUCCAGACCCCAGCAAAGGAAACAUCCCUGCCAAAAGCAAUGACCAGCCUCAGGCUGCAGGUGGGAAUGAGCCCCAGGAGGACAGCACAAGUCCACAGAGUCCUCUAAAGAUAACUAACUCUCCAGUGUUACCAGUAGGAUCAGCCAUUAAUGGUUCCAGAAGUCAUACGCCAUCCCCGUCACCUCUAAACCUUUCCUCAGCUAGAAAUGCACAGGGUUACUCAUGCAUGGCAGAGGGUACACAGGAGGAGCCCCAGGUAGAACCUCUUGAUCUCUCACUACCAAAGCAACAGGGAGAAUUACUGGAAAGGUCAACUAUCACUAGUGUUUACCAGAACAGUGUUUAUUCUGUCCAGGAAGAACCCUUGAACUUGUCUUGUGCAAAAAAGGAGCCACAGAAGGACAGCUGUGUUACAGACUCAGAACCAGUUGUAAAUGUAAUCCCACCAAGUGCCAACCCCAUAAACAUUGCUAUUCCUGCAGUCACUGCCCAGUUACCCACAAUUGUGGCCAUUGCUGACCAGAACAGUGUUCCAUGCUUACGAGCGCUUGCUGCCAACAAGCAGACUAUUCUGAUUCCCCAGGUGGCUUACACAUACUCAACAACAGUCAGUCCUGCAGUGCAGGAGCCGCCCUUGAAGAUGAUCCAGCCAAACGGAAACCAGGAUGAAAGGCAAGACACUAGCUCAGAAGGCGUCUCCACCGUGGAAGACCAGAACGACUCUGACUCCACACCACCCAAAAAGAAAACCAGGAAGACAGAGAACGGAAUGUACGCAUGUGACUUGUGUGAUAAGAUCUUUCAGAAGAGCAGUUCAUUACUGAGACAUAAGUAUGAGCACACAGGUAAAAGACCUCAUGAGUGUGGAAUCUGUAAAAAGGCAUUUAAACACAAACAUCAUUUGAUUGAACACAUGCGAUUACAUUCUGGAGAAAAGCCCUAUCAAUGUGACAAGUGUGGAAAGCGCUUCUCACACUCUGGAUCUUAUUCUCAGCACAUGAAUCACCGCUACUCCUACUGCAAGAGAGAAGCUGAAGAACGAGACAGCACUGAGCAGGAAGAGGCUGGGCCGGAAGUCCUGACGAAUGAGCAUGUUGGUGCCAGGGCAUCUCCUUCCCAGGCCGACUCAGAUGAGAGAGAGAGUUUGACAAGGGAAGAGGAUGAAGACAGUGAAAAGGAGGAAGAGGAGGAGGAGGAUAAAGAGAUGGAAGAAUUGCAGGAAGAAAAGGAAUGUGAAAACCCACAAGGGGAGGGGGAGGAGGAGGAGGAGGAGGAAGAGGAGGAGGAAGAAGAGGAUGAGGAUGACGAGGACGACGAGGAGGAGGCAGAGCAUGAAGAAGAAGCAAGAACUGCAGGCUCAGUGAAGGAGGCGGGAGCUGCAGGCCAAGCAGGCAGCUUGGAGCAGAAGGUGAGCGGGAGCAGCCAGCAGGUGUCUGAAGAGAAGACAAAUGAAGCCUAGGAGCUUCUAGAAGGAAAGUAAAUUCUAAUUGGUAAUGAAGUUUGCUCUAUAUUAUCCACGCUUUUCUGGAAGCACAGUGCCUCGUACUGUGAUUCCUGCUCACUACUGUGUAAUGUCAGAACUAAAAAAAAUACAAAAUAUAAAAAAAAAAAAUCCGGGUGUGCCUGAACCUCAGACCUAGUAAUUUUUCAUGCAGUUUUCCAAGUUAGGAACAAGUUUAUAACAUGAAGCAGAGUAGAAAACUUUAAUGACUCAGAAAGCAAAGGUGUCUGAACAGUUUAAAGGAGGCUGGACGAGCAUCUGGCAUGGUUUCAUUUUAUCAGUAUUAUCACUCUUACGUUGGUUCAUUCUUAAGCUGUACAAUGGGAGAAAUUUUAUAAUUUUUUAUUGGUAAACAUAUGCUAAAUCCGCUUCAGUAUUUUAUUAUGUUUUUUAAAAUGUGAGAACUUCUGCACUACAGAAUCCCCUUCACAGAGAAGUAGAAAGCAGUUCAAACUACGCUGACUACCCUUUACCAAGUCAGUUAGAGGUAGGAUUCCUACUGGAUGUCGGAGUGGGGCAUACUAUCAUUUAGUGUGUAUUGCUAGCCUUAAGGAAGCAGCCGAUAGAACUGAAGUUUCUUACUCCUGUGAUUUUAAAUGGAGUUCAAAUGGUUGUCGUUGAGUUCUGACUGCAGGGACUAACAGUGUUGAUAUGGCGAGGACGGCAGAGUCGGCAGAAUCAGUGUUCAUGAUUGUGUUUGAGGAUGUGGUAGGAAAUAUGAAGGAUCUGAUAUGAAGCGUUGUAUCUCCUUUGGCCUUAAGCAAGACCUGUGUGCUGUAAGUGCCAUUUCUCAGUAUUUUCAAGGCUGUAACUGCCUUCCUUCAGUGUGUGGCCUACAAUAACUAGCAUUUGUUGAUUUGUUUGUUGUAUCAAAAUUCCCCAAUAAAACUUAAAAACCACUGACUCUGUCAGAGAAACUGAAGCACUGGGACACUUCAUACUUUAAUUCCUCAGUAUUCGUUUUGCAUUGAUUGACUCAGAAAUCUCUACAGAAACAAAAGGGAAAUUUCCAAUCUACUUAAUCCAUGUACUUGUAUAUCUGACAUGGAUAAGCCAUUGUUAUUUGGCU